AUGAGGAAAUAUGGUGUUCACCAUCGUUUAUCCACUCCUUACCACCCCCAGGAAAAUGGUCAGGCAAAAAUCUCGAACAGAGAAAUCAGAGCAAUUUUGGAGAAGACAAUGAAUCCAUCGAAGAAGGAUUGGAGUAAAAGACUUGACGAUGCUUUAUGGGCAUACCGAACUGUGUUCAAAACUCCCAUUGGAAUGUUGCCUUACAGGCUCGUAUUAAGCAAAAUGUGCCACCUCCCUGUCGAGGUUGAGCACAAAGCUUAUUGGGCAAUCAAAGAGAUAAACAUGAAGCCCCAGGCCUGUGAGGAGGAGAGAACGCUUCAACUGCAAGAGCUGGAGAAAUUAAGGCUUGAGUCGUAUGAUGCCGCUAUGUGGUACAAGGACAAAACAAUAUUGUGGCACGACAACAACCUUCGGGUCAAGGAACUGCUAGUUGGUCAGAAUGUGCUCCUAUUCCAAUCAAGGCUUAAACUGAUGCCUCGGAAACUAAAAUCCAAGUGGAUUGGACCCUACACUGGCCUUCGAGUGAAUGGAGCCGUGCAAAUUCAGGGAGUCGCUCCUAAUUCUAUUCAUUUUCUUGUUAAUGGUCAUAGGGUCAUGGUAUUUAGGGAUAGUUCAGAGAUGUGCGUGGUGGAAGAAAAUUUCGCUACGUAUACUCUCUACUAUUGUCUAACUGGUCAGGCUGCUGGGUAA